GAAGAGACGCCUCCUCGAUUACGAUACAGAGAAGCCAAAUUCGAUCUUCCCGUGGUCCGAUUUAGUCUCCUCGAUGAGAUCCACCCUCGACAGUGAAGGGUGAGCACAUGUUGGUCCUCCGAACUUGAUCCUCGCUGGCAAAUAGCCACUCGAUCUCGAAUGAGCCAAUGUGCCUCACCCGAGGUUAGCGAGCCCGCUCUUACACUGCGAAAACAUAAAAAUGAAGGCCCAAUCUGGUAUGGGCUUUGUGGCGAUGGAGGAGCAUCAGAUACGUGCGCUUACAAGGUAGAAUUUGCUGGUGGGUCCUUGAGACGUGGUGAGUGUGUCCACCUCGCGGAAGGUUGGAGACGCGAGUCAGAAGGUUCGCUCCUUCAGCUGAAUGAUCAAAACCGAGAGGCCCAUCCCCCUGUGGAGUGGAGCAAAUUACGAGACGAGCACAUCGAAGUGGAUGGAGCUGCGAAGCAAAGGGGUUCUCGAACCUGGCUUUUUGGAGCUGCAGUGGCUUUCGACCAUAAAGGAGAGAUCAAGGAGCUAUUAGUGGAGAAGGUGAUAGGGGAAGAUCCAAUUGUGGCCGAAGCGUUGGCCUGUAGAGUGGGUCUCCUACUAGCUGUGGCAUGUGAAGGAAGAGCACCUGCUAUCCUGUCUGAUUGCCUUGAUCUAGUUCAGGUUGGCCUGUAGAGUGGGUCUCCUACUAGCUGUGGCAUGUGAAGGAAGAGCACCUGCUAUCCUGUCUGAUUGCCUUGAUCUAGUUCAGGUCCUCCACGAAGGGAGUUGAUGGCCGCUGUCACUUAUUCCAAUCAAACCGGAUUUGGUCCCUUUGUUGUCUGUAAAUAGAGGCAAAAGUCGAAUUAUGUAGCGAUGGCCAUAGAUCUUGCCGAGAAAACUGAGGCAGUGGCCAUGGCUAUCAUAGCUAUAUAAUCAAAUGCUGAGUACGAGGUGGCUGGUGGGAGAGUUUCACCAGUGCCUUUAAUACUACAUCGAGUACAUCGCGAGGCGUGAAACUGAUGCUCAUGUAAGGAAGGACAAC